CAAUCCAAUCCAAGGGAUUUAUAUACAGAAAAGAGAACAAAAUCUACUCUUUUUGGUCUCUCCCCGUAGAUCCCAGAAACCCUAACCCUAGCCGCUCCAACUGUUAGAAACGAUACGAAAGAAUGGCGGAGCACUUGGCUUCCAUAUUUGGUACGGAAAAGGAUCGAGUCAACUGUCCUUUCUACUUCAAGAUCGGAGCCUGUCGCCAUGGAGAUCGAUGCUCAAGGCUCCACACCAAACCCAGCAUCAGCCCUACCCUAUUGCUUUCCAAUAUGUACCAACGCCCCGAUAUGAUCACUCCGGGUGUUGAUCCUCAGGGUCAGCCCCUUGAUCCUAGCAAAAUCCAGGAUCACUUCGAGGAUUUUUAUGAAGAUCUGUUUGAAGAGCUUGGCAAAUACGGAGAGAUUGAAAGCCUAAACAUUUGUGAUAAUUUGGCUGACCAUAUGGUUGGAAAUGUGUAUGCACAGUUCAGGGAAGAAGAACAUGCUGCAGCUGCUCUCCAGAAUCUUAGUGGAAGGUUUUAUGCAGGUCGUCCCAUUAUCGUUGACUUUUCUCCAGUGACAGAUUUCCGUGAAGCAACAUGUAGACAAUAUGAAGAAAACGUAUGCAAUCGUGGUGGUUAUUGCAACUUCAUGCAUCUAAAAAAGAUCAACAAAGAUUUGAGGAGGCAGUUGUUCGGGAGGCGUAGGAGGAGUCGAAGCAGAAGCCGUAGUCCUCCAAGACACCGGAAUCAUGAUGACCGCCCACAAGGCGGCAGCGGUGGUGGUGGUGGUGGUGGUCGUGGGUAUGGGAGAAGAGGUGGUGGUGGUUACUCUGAUCACCGGAGCAAUGACAGGGGGAGGCGGCCGAGGAGUAGGAGUCCGGGGAGGAGAGGGGGGAGGAGCAGAAGUCCGGGAGGGAAGAGAAACCGGAGUCCGGUUAGGGAAGGGAGUGCUGAAAGAAGGGCAAAGAUUGAACAAUGGAAUAGAGAAAAAGAACAGGCGAAAUCUGGAACUAAUAAUGCUUCAAAUGUUAAUGAAAAUAAUGAAGGUGGUAAUACUAAUGAUGAUGGUGGUUUACAAAAUGGAGAAAAUUACCGUGAUGCCCCUCAGCAGAAGCAGCAAGAUGAUGGAAAUUAUGAUUACUGAUUGAUCAAUGCCGUAUUGUCUGGAGUACAGGUUGACCGGUCAAAUCUAUUUUCUACUUUUGUUGACCUAUAAUGGUUUGUGAAGAAUGGUAAAUUGUUAGAGGAUUAGGUUAUUGCAGGGGGGUAUUGAAGUAAUUUUAUAAGAAAUGUGAUCUUACAUGAUUUACUACUAGUUUUGCAGGUUCAGGGAAGGUGCUUAUUUUGUGCAGUUUAUCAUUAUAUUUGUAUACAGGUCGUCUUCAUCAAUGUUACAGUUGAGGAAGUAAGGUGAUCAGAAGUUCAUUAAUGGUUGAUUUGUGAAGAACAGCUGGUGAAGUAGGAAAUCUGAUGUUAGGGAAAAGUCAAUUUCACUGUUUUUGUUUCAUUUCAUUUGACAAUUUUUGGUUUGUAUUUGUAUGAAAGACUGAGAAAGUUCAAAUGGAGUUUUCUGUGAUAUUUCUAUUCAAUUUUAGACUUGUUUGCCCCCCC